AUGAAAACGCGGGCCCUGGCCUUCCGGACCUCAGAGGUUCUCGGGCGCGCUCCUAGUCGGGUCUCCGGCCUGAUCCGGCCCGUUCUGCCCGGUCCGGCCCGCCUGCCCCGCCUGCCCCGCGCGCUGCUCGCCUCCCGCAGACUCCAGGUUCGGGGACUGGGUUCCCGGGGUUGGCCGCGGAGUAAUCGCCGGCCGCCUGCGGAGAUGCCUGGGAAGAAGGCGCGUAAGAACGCGCAGCCUAGCCCGACGCGGGCUCCGGCAGAGGCUGAAAUUGAGUGUGCCCUUCAAUUAAGGAGAAUUGGAGACAAGCUGAAUUUCCUGCAGAAACUUCUGAAUCUGAUGUACAAACUCUUCGGCUCAGGAACCUGACUGCUUCAGAAGCCUUCUAAUGAGGCGACUCCUAUAAAGCUGGAUUUACCAUAUUUCAUCCAUUAGUGGUGAGAGACUGCAUUAUAAUGGAGAAGAAUGUGAAGAAGCUCUCACUUGCUUUGGGAUGUGCUUGGAAAUGAAGAUGGAAUACAUCACAAUGAAAUUCUGUUGGAGUUUUCCCAGAAGUCAUUUGUUUAUUUUAAAGCAAGAAUUGAGGAGCUUUGAAAAUAUGGAAUGAAUUAUUAGACUUCUUUGUUUCUGCUUAGAGAAUUUUUCUAGUAUUUUGUUGAAGGUUGAUGCCCAGCCUAGUGUAAGAAGAGUUGAUAAAUAACUAGAAUGUUUUGGCAGGGACCAAAAAACAGAAUAAGUUCAGUGUUUAUUUCUACUUAAGGAUGACAAUUCCAGAACAAUGUAUAAUAUUUGUUUUAUAUAUGUUAUCUUGUUAAAAGUAAAUAUUUCAUUCUGAGAACACUGAAUGUUAUAGUGAAUGUUGAUUUCAUAGGUCACUACAAAAUAUAAAAUAAUUUGAUAAUUUUUUUGACUUAAAAUGUAUUACUUCUGUUCAGAUGACUUUUCAUUAAAUGUGUUCCUGUGGGCCUUAACUGGGCAGUAUGGAAUUUGAAAAAAUUUGAUCAAAUUUGGUGCCAGUAAAAUUCCUAGGUUGAAUGUUAAAAGAUGAAGAGCAUAGUGAUUUUGGAUAACCAGGGAUAAUAGGAAAAAAAAAGUGAAUUUUACUUUUUACUGCUGAAUUAAAACUUGGUAAAACAAAUAUUCUAAAGUAAUUGUUUAUAAGAAAAUGAAUGUUUCUAAAGAAAUUUCUAAAAUCUGUAAAAUGCCCUUUUCCACACUAAUCACUGUGAAUUCUAUAAGAAGUGAUUUUUACAAGAAGUUAAACAUGUUUUCAUUAUUAGGAUAUACUUUUUAAGUUAUUUUUAAAUAACAGUUUACAUUCAAUAUUAUUUUGUAUUAGUUUCAGGUAUAAGGGAUAUACUUCUUUUAAAAAGAGGAAUAGAUUGCUCAUUCAGAAUGAAAAUUCUAUGUAUAAAUAUGGGAUUUUCACUCUGGUUGAAAUAUAUAUAUAUAUAUAUAUAUAUAUAUAUAUAUACUAAUUUUCAUUAAAGUAACAUGUAGAUUCUGAGAAAAGCUUUCAUGCAUUUCAUUUUUUU